GUUUGUCACAUGAGAAGUCUUUAGCAGGCACAAACACUUUGCUUUGCUAGUUUCUUGUAGCUAAUAACAGAGACAGGCAUAUAUGGCUACGUCUCUGCCAUUUCUUACAAGGCCUCCAAACAAAGUCUUCUCUUUUAUUGCUCUCUGUCCCCAACCCUUUAAAAUUCGACCGUUGGAUCCUCCUCCAUUUAGAUUUCCCGCCUCCACUCUCAAAUUCCUCGAAACCCAUUAUUCUUCAUCUCUCAAUUUAACAACCCACUUCAACAACAACAAGGAUGACUGCAAUGAAAGUACCUUCAAACCUGACAAAUUCUACGCGUCAUUAAUCGAUGAUUCGAUACACAAAACCCACUUGAACCAAAUCUAUGCUAAGUUAUUAGUAACGGGGUUGCAAUAUGGUGGUUUCUUGAUAGCAAAAUUAGUUAACAAGGCUUCGAAUAUAGGAGAAGUUAGCUGUGCACGUAAGUUGUUUGAUAAAUUUCCUGACCCAGACGUGUUUUUGUGGAAUGCGAUUGUUAGGUGUUAUUCUAGGCAUGGUUUCUUUGGUCAUGCUAUUGAAAUGUAUGCAAGAAUGCAAGUUGCGUGUGUUAGUCCUGAUGGGUUCAGUUUUCCUUGUGUUCUCAAAGCUUGCAGUGCCUUGCCGGCUCUUGAAAUGGGGAGGAGGGUACAUGGGCAGAUAUUUAGACAUGGGUUUGAAUCGGAUGUGUUUGUGCAGAACGGUCUUGUGGCAUUGUAUGCAAAAUGUGGAGAGAUUGUGCGAGCUAAUGCUGUUUUUGGUAGGCUAGUUGAUAGGACUAUUGUUUCUUGGACCUCUAUUAUUUCUGGGUAUGCGCAGAAUGGACAGCCUAUUGAAGCCUUGCGGAUUUUUAGUGAAAUGAGGAAAACAAAUGUGAGACCAGAUUGGAUAGCGCUUGUGAGCGUUCUUAGAGCAUAUACAGAUGUAGAGGAUUUGGAACAUGGCAAAUCUAUUCAUGGUUGCGUGAUUAAAAUGGGACUUGAAUGUGAAUUUGAUUUGCUCAUUUCUCUUACCUCUUUGUAUGCAAAAUGUGGGCACGUUAUGGUUGCUAGAUUAUUUUUUAACCAGGUGGAGAACCCAAGUUUGAUAUUUUGGAAUGCAAUGAUUUCUGGUUAUGUGAAAAAUGGGUAUGCCGAGGACGCUAUUGAACUGUUCCGUCUAAUGAAAAGUAAAAAUAUAAGACCAGAUUCUAUUACUGUGACUUCUAGCAUUGCAGCUUGUGCACAAAUAGGUUCUCUUGAAUUAGCAAGAUGGAUGGAUGAGUAUAUCAGCAUGAGUGAGUUUAGAAAUGAUGUGAUUGUCAAUACUUCCCUCAUUGACACGUAUGCAAAAUGUGGAAGUGUAGAUAUGGCUCGCUUUGUUUUUGACAGAAUACCAGAUAAAGAUGUUGUUGUGUGGAGUGCGAUGAUGGUGGGAUAUGGAUUACAUGGGCAAGGUCGGGAAUCUAUCAUUCUUUUUCAUGCAAUGAGGCAAGCUGGGGUGUCCCCAAAUGAUGUCACCUUUGUUGGGCUCCUCACAGCAUGCAAAAAUUCAGGUCUUGUAGAAGAAGGUUGGGACCUCUUCCACCGCAUGAGAGAUUAUGGGAUUGAACCAAGGCACCAACAUUAUGCAUGUGUGGUGGAUCUUCUUGGGCGUGCAGGCCAUUUAGAUCGAGCUUAUAAUUUUGUCAUGAACAUGCCAAUUGAACCAGGUGUAAGUGUGUGGGGAGCCCUUUUGAGUGCAUGCAAGAUCCAUCGCCAUGUGACACUAGGGGAGUAUGCAGCUGAACGACUUUUCUCAUUAGAUCCAUACAACACGGGGCAUUAUGUUCAGCUGUCAAACCUCUAUGCUUCUUCUUGCUUAUGGGAUUGUGUUGCAAAGGUACGGGUGUUAAUGAGGGAGAAAGGACUUACUAAGCACCUUGGUUAUAGUGUGAUUGAGAUCAAUGGAAAGCUCCAGGCAUUUCAGGCUGGAGAUAAGACGCAUCCAAGAUCCAAAGAGAUUUUUGAGGAAGUUGAGGAUUUAGAGAGAAGAUUAAAGGAAGCUGGAUUUGUCCCCCAUACAGAAUCUGUCCUGCAUGAUUUGAAUUAUGAGGAAACAGAGGAGACACUUUGUAAUCAUAGUGAGAGACUAGCGAUUGCUUAUGGCCUCAUCAGUACUCCCCCUGGAACAACCCUUAGGAUAACAAAGAAUCUUCGGGCAUGCGACAACUGUCAUGCUGCAAUCAAGCUCAUCUCAAAGCUGGUAAGUAGGGAGAUAGUUGUCAGGGAUGCAUGUCGUUUCCAUCAUUUUAAGGAUGGAGCUUGUUCCUGUGGAGAUUAUUGGUGACAAGAAUGGCUAAAUCUUGAGCUUAUCCCAGAAGCUUGACUGUCUCGGAAGGUGGUUCCCACUUAUGCUCCAUUUGACCUAUAAUCACAGUAUCAAAUCCCCAAAAUUCAAAGUUGCCACCACUCUCUUCCACCCUAUGUGGAACUGUGUUUGUCUGAUGCUAUGGUUAGUGUUUUUAACACCUGAUAUAUGGUUACUAAUUUACGUGUUUUGUAUAACUGCUUGUUCACAUUUGUUUUUGUCAUACGCUUCAAGUAGCAAAAGAAAGGGCGGCAAGAAAUCAAUUCAACUCUCUGCCAAAAAGAAGUGUUUUCACAAGGUGCAGCCACACGCAGAUGAAUCAAGCUCCUAUAUUCAGUAUUUGCACGUAGGAAAUCCAGUAUUUAAUGCUAAUAAGACCUGGAGGGUUGGUAAAUUCUCUGGGUUGGGUGCUCAUGGUGGGAGGUACUGGUACUUGGAAAAGUGGAUGGCAUGAUAACAAGAAAUAAGGAGCGGCGGCAGGGAAAUAAAGUUCCAAAGAGAUCUUGCAACUCUGCUUCAUUUGGCUUCUAUGAGUGUUUCCCUACUCGUAUGUUUUAAGUUUUUUGACUUGGAUCUCUAAGAAGUUCAGUGGUCGAGGAAAGAGGAGGGAAAUUAAGAGUUUACUGAGGGAGUAUAGGCUUGGUUUUCAAACUGUCUCUAUGAUAUGAUUCAAAGCUUGUGGUGGUUGUUGCUUAACUUACAAAAUAGAUAUGGGGUCGGCAAAAUAGAGAGUGGAGGGCUAUUCUUGUUUGCGGCUUGCCUGGGGGUGUUACCUGCAUACAGAGUUCGUUUGAUGUGUGGCGGUGGCGGUGGCGGGGCCCCGAUGGAGAGAAGGGCAGUAUGAUUAUUGUAUUAAAGGCUCUCUUUCUUAAUUAAGAGAGAUUCCUCAAUAAUGUUUUUCUUUUUAUAUUUAUAACAGAAAAAGUAGUCAUAUGGGAAUCAGACACAUUCAUAUAAGGGUUGUGAUUAUGUGGUUUAAUUAUUGAAACCACGUUUUCUUUGAGAUAUCUAUUAAUAAAUUUAGGAGUGAUAAUUUAACCUUAAAUA